GCUGCUCCUCCGCUGCGCUCUACAAUAGGGAACAAUCCGGUUAGCCUCGGUCCUUCUGGGCCGUGAUGGGUGGCUGCACGCGGGCGUCCUACUAACCAGAAGAGACACUCAACAACAAGUGGCCCUGCUAACUUUGCUAUCCCACCGUGGCCGGCGGGAUUAAGCAGAGCUCCGGCUGUCUUGCUCGCCGUUCCCCCCGCGGGCUGCUGCUGGCCAUGAGAAGCGCGCGAUCCGGUCUGUUUCCUGCCUCCUCCUCCUCCUCCUCCAGCCUGCAUGGGACAAAGUCUGUUCUCGGUCGCUUGACCCGAACUGGGAGGUAGAACAAGUCGGGUUUGGGCCCGUAAACGUUGCUGAGCAAGACUACCAGACACCACCAUGAGGACCACCGAGGAGGCGGAGGGCUUUGACGGAGAGGCCUCCAACACCUCCAUGAUCUCCGGGGCCAGCAGCCCCUACCAGCCCACCACAGAGCCGGUCCUCUCCAGGAAUGUCCUCGGAGGGAUCCGCUGCGACAUGGAGUACCUCAAGUCAUACUUCGGCAUCCUGAAGGUGGUGGAAGUGAUCCUGGCGUUCAUCAGCUUCAUCUGCAUCGAGACCAUCAUGCUGUGUUCUCCAUGUGGAGGGGUCUACUUCUUUGAGUUUGUCAGCUGCACUGCCUUCGUGGUGACUGGAGUCCUGCUCCUCAUCUUUUGCCUGAACCUGCACACCAAGGUGCCGCACGUCAACUGGAACCUCACGGAUUUGGUGAACACGUGCGCCAGCACCGUCUUCUUCGCUCUGUCCACUCUGGUUCUGGCCUGCAUCAACCACAACACGCAAGCCGAAAUAGCCGCCGUGGUGUUUGGUGCCCUGGUGACGUUCGUGUACGGCCUGAACAGCUACCUGGCUGUACGCAGGUGGCGCCGCGGCAACGCGGGUCAGGGAGCCACGACCGGCACCGACUACAUGCGUGCGCGCACGGCAUCCCGUGGAGAGAUGGAGGGCCGUCCAGAACUGGCAUGAGUGUCAGCGACAAUCAGAUGGACUGAAGGAGAAGAGAUUACUGGCAGCUGACGGCCCAGCUCUCCUGAAGAGGGAAUAUUUGACUCUCUUCCUGCUUCUCCUUGUCCCAGACGGAGGGAUUAGUCCGACAGAUGAAUCACAAAAGUGCUCCACCGUCACAAACUCCUUACUUUAAAAUCACUCAUGGAGCGUUACUAACUGACGAAGAUGCACAUCACCACUCCUUGUUUCUCUGUGAGUGAAGAACUCAAGGAACGAUCACUGCCGUCUCCGGAGCCACCAGCACGUGAUGUCCUCGCUCUUUCUCACUGACACUGCUGGGAGAAUCUCCUAAAGGCCCGGCAUUAUUUAAUACAACAAUCCAAGGUUCUUGUGUCGCAGCUUUGCUUCGAACCUCUCAUUUACAGGUUUGAAGGUAACAACCAGGAGCCGUAGUUGUUUUUUCUCUCUCGUAGCUGAAGUCCUCGGCCGUCAUUGUGGCAGUAGCUCUCUUGUUUUUCACUCAUUGCCAUGAGACAAAACACUAAAGCGAUUUUAAAAAACUAAUUAUUAGGUCGAAUACAAUGUGUGAAGUUUUGUUUUGAGGGUUGCUGUUCUAGAAAGGAGCUUCAUAGAAUCUACACAUAAUUACAUUAUAACAAAAACAUAUUUUACUAUAACUCUGAUCUACUUCAUUACUCACCAUUAUUUAUUAUUAUUGCAUUUUUUUAAUUGUGAGAAUAAUAACCUGAACAGUGCCACCCUUUUUAUUAACAAUGGAAUUGAGCUGAAUCAAAUUUCUGCAUUCAUUUGUUAUAUGAAUUUAUCAAACCCUCCACAAACUCUGUUUACAUUUUCAUAGUUUGAUGCCACUGAAACACCAUUGUUGAAUGAAAAUAUAUUUCCUCCCAGCUGAAGUGAUGCUGAACUUUUGGAGACGCUGUAGCAACCAUGAUGGCCCAAGACUCCAGGACAAGUUUUGAACUAUGGACAUCUGAAAGCGAUGUCAACACAUGACUAGUACGGUUUUUGAGGUCAACGCUUGGGGGCAGCACCAGCGACGACGCGGUGUUUCCUUCACAACUCGCCAGGCCGUUGCUCUGAGCGCUGACCUCCGCCCUGAAUCACGCCGUGCCUCGACCCGAACACUGUAUUUGUGCGAUGUGUUUCACGCGGCAUCUGACGCGCGCGUGUGAGGGUGUGAACGCACAGAUGGAAUCAUGGUACAUCUGAAGUGUAGAUGCUUGUGUUUGCUGUGUUCUUGCACAUAACUUAUGUAGUAGCCAGCCUUCUAACAAUACUGCGGGUAAUAUAGAAUGUUUUCCCUUUAAAAGUCGUCUAACUCUCCGUAAUGUUUUCACACUAACUGAAUGUAUUAGCGCACUAUUCUACAACCCAGAAGAGCGUCGUCAGCAUGGUAGUUACCCUUGUAUUACCGCGGUGUGACGCUAUAGCUACACCUAGCGGUCGUCUCUGAACCUUUAUAAACUACGACGAAAGAUCUUUUAUUCACUAAUAAAGCGACCCUGUGACCCAUUCUUGAAUAAGUGUAUAAAUUAUACCACGUUUUGUACUGAAGUUGAACCUUCGACAAUCACUUUUGUAUUUAUGUUAAGCUGAUGAACUUAUUUUCGAUGUACAGCACGACAUAUAGAUCUCUGUGUGCACCGGUAGGUACCAUGUUUGAUGAAGAAUGAGUAUUUAUGAGCUGAAUUUGAACUUUAGAACUGAAAUCAUGGUAGAAUAAGUUAUAGCAAAGGAGGGGGGGUUUGGAUACAUACAUUCUGGUAAGUGUCAAACUGUCCUUUGUCAUGGUGCUGUUUUGCUCCCAACUCCAACUGAGGAAGCAACAGUGACACAUCUUGAGCAAACUAGGGAGAUAAUUCAAUAUAAAGGAGGAAACAGUGCUGGACUUCAUGUUGUUUUGCAUUCCAAAGAAGUGUGAAUAAAGUGUUUCUGUGCUCUCAAA